UGUGACAUCACCAGGACCCAACACUAGGUCCCCAGUCUCUCUGGCACGGCGGCAGACAGACCCACCAUGAGCAGCUUCCCGCCCCGCCUCUGCUCAACAUGCGGACGCUGAGAUGGUUCCUGUUCCUGCCUCUGUGCAUCUCUUGCGCCUGCGCCUUCAUGUUUUCUUCGCUGAGGGAGAAAACCAAGGAAAGCCCAGGGAAGGUGCCUUGUGGAGGACAUUUCCGGAUUAGACAGAAUCUUCCAGAGCACACCCAAAGCUGGCUUGGGAGUAAAUGGCUCUGGCUAUUUUUCGUCAUUGUGAUAUAUGUGGUGCUGAAGUUUCGAGGAGACAGUGAGAAGAAUAAGGAGCAGAAUCCUACUGGCCUUCGCAGCUGUCAGUUUCGCUCUCCACCAAAGAAAAUUCAAAAUGUUUCCCCCAGCAAAGACUUCACUUUCAAUACUUUAACCCAGCUCGAGAUGGAACUGGUGAAAUUUGUGUCCAAGGUGCGGAAUCUUAAAGUCUCCAUGGCAACUGGCAGUAACCCCAGGCUGCAGAUCCCAGAUAUACCCAUGGACCCGCAUAAUAAUGUCACAAUAUAUGAGAUAUGGGGAGAGGAGGAGUCUGAGUGAAUGGGCUUAUAUCAAAAUAUGAGAGAAGAUAAGUCGAGUGUUGACAGACAGUAUCCAAACUAAUAAAGACUAUUCUGAAGAAA